AUGGAUAUCCUCCAUAGAGCCGUAGCAGACGGAGAUAUUGCAAACGUAGAAGCAUUAUUAAACGAUGGAGCUGAUGUAAAUGCAAGGGAUAGUCACGGGCUGACACCGAUCUACAUUGCGGCAGAAAGUGGUGAUCUCGAUGUUGUCAAUUGCCUGAUCAAUAAAGGAGCUGAAGUGAACAAAGACAAUAUUGAUGGCUACACUGCUUUCCACCGUGCGACACUCAACUGCCAACUUCAUUUGAUGAAAUUUCUGAUUAGUCAUGGAGCUAAUGUGAACAUUGGUAGUAAAGAUGGUAUGACCGCUUUGCACAUUGCUGCAAGAAGUGGCGAAAUUGAUAUCGUUCAAUAUGUCAUUGGUCAAGGAGCUGAAGUAGAUAAGGAUACCAUUGAUGGAAAAACUGCUUUACACCAUGCUUCAGAGAGCGGUCAUCUUGGUGUACUUGAAUAUCUGCUCGACAGAGGAGCUGAUGUCAAUAAGUGCGACGCAGACGGUUGUACUGCUUUACACAUUGCUGCAGAGAAGGGUCAUAUCGAUAUCAUCAAACACCUAACCAGACAAGGUGUUGAUGUAAAUCAAUGCAACAACAGUGGUAGAACAUGUUCUCGCACUGCUGCAUGGAAUGGCCAUCUUGAUGUCGUAAGCUAUCUUGUUAACCAAGGGGCUGAUUUCAAAAGCUGCGAUAAUGAAGGUUGGAGUCCCUUGACGAGUGCCACGUGGAAUGGGCAUGUUGAUGUCAUUAGCUUUUUAAUCAACCAAGGAGCUGAUGUGAAUGAAGGCGAUAAGGAUGGAUGGACUGCCUUACAUAUUGCUGCGCAGAAUGGCCACAUGGACGUCGCCCAAUUCCUAAUCAACAAAGGGGCUAAACUUAACAAGGUCGACAAAGACGGUUUGACCGCCCUGCACACUGCUUUGCAGAAUGGUCAUCUUUGCGUUACAGAAUGUCUCAUAAGCCAUGGGGCUGAUGUGAACAAGCGCGAUAAUAGUGGAACUACGCCGUUGCAUGUUGCUGCUCAAACUGGACAUGUUGGUGCAACCAAAUGUCUUAUAGAUGAAGGUGCUAACGUCAGGACGACCAAUAAUGAUGGCUGUACUGCGUUAUACCUUGCUACAGUGGGUGGCCACGUUGCUGUCACCGAGUACCUAAUAAGUCACGGAGAUGACGUGAAUGAAUGUAACACAGAUGGAUGGACUGCUUUGCACAAGAGUGCAGAGAAAGGUUACCUUGAUAUCACCAAGUCUCUAAUCAGUCAGGGAGCUGACGUUAACAAAGGUACAAAUGAAGGCUGGACGCCAAUAAACAUUGCUGCAGAAUAUGGCCAUCUUAAUGUCAUCAAAUACUUGAAGACCAAUGGAGGUGAUCUGAACAAAGGAAAUCACAACGAAGACACACCCUUUCUCACUGCAGCAUUAAAUGGGCAUUUAAAGAUAAUUGAAUAUCUCAUUACGCAAGGAGCUGAUGUGAAUAAGGGUAAUAAUGUCGGAAGGACUGCAUUACGGAACGCUGCGUGGAAUGGCCAUCUCCAGGUCACUAAAUGCUUAAUCAGUCAUGGUGCUGAUGUGAAUAAAGGACGGAAUGACGGAAGGACUGCUUUACAUGCUGCUGCCUGGAAUGGCCAUUUAGAUGUUGCAAAAUGUCUGAUUACUCAUGGAGCAGAGGUGAACAAGGUUACUGACGAUGGAAGGACUGCCUUAAGAAGUGCUGCAUGGCAUGGCCACCUGGAUGUAGUAAAAUGUCUGAUCACUCAUGGGGCUGAUAUACAUAGUAAAGAUAGUGAUGGUUGGACACCACUAACAAUUGCAUUGCAGAGAAAUCAUCCACAUGUUGCCGAAUAUCUAAUCAAUACAAGAGCCGAUGAGAAUACGAGAAAGAACAUUGGAACAAAUGCAUUAUACUUCGCUGCGUUGAAUGGGCAUCUUGGGAUUACCGAGUAUUUAGUCGGUGAAGGAGUUGAUGUAGAUAGUAGCGCUAGUAACGGUUCUACCGCGUUGCAUGUUGCUGCAGAAAAUGGACAUGCUCGUCUUGUAGAAUAUUUGAUUUCUCGAGGAGCCGAUGCACAAAAGGGCCUAGACAACGGCUUCACUGCUUUACACAUUGCAGCCGAGAAGGGUCAUCUGGAAGUUGCCAGAACUCUUACCGAUAAUGGAGCUAUGGUCAAUAAGUACAACAAAGAGAAAAGGACAGCCUUGCACAUGGCAGCAUUGAAUGGGCAACUACCUGUCACCAAGCACUUAAUGAAGGAAGGAGGGAAAGUUGACAUGAGAGAUGAAGAUGGAUGGGCUGCCCUAAAUCUCUCGUCACAAAAUGGUCAUUUCGAUGUCGUCAAAUAUCUCAUCACACAGGGAGCUGACGUUAACAAAGGAAACAAUGUUGGCAGGACUGCCUUACGAAGUGCUGCUUGGAAUGGUCAUCUUCAAGUCAUCAAAUGCCUUAUCACUCAUGGUGCCGAUGUAAAUAAGGGAAACAAUGACGACAGAACUGCAUUACACGCUGCUGCUUGGAAUGGUCAUUUGGAUGUCGUCAAAUUUCUGGUUGGUCAAGGAGCCGACGUAACUAAGGUCAACAGCGAUGGAAGGACCGCCUUAAGAAGUGCUGCAUGGCAUGGCCACCUGGAGGUAGCAAAGUAUCUGGUCACUCAAGGAGCUGAUAUGAAUAGGAGCGAUGGUCAUGGUUGGACGCCACUAACAAUUGCAUUACAGAGAAAUCAUCUACACAUUGCCGAAUACCUAAUCAAUCAGGGAGCUGAUGUGGCCAAGGACAACAACAAUGGUACAACUGCAUUGCACUUGUCUGCGUUAAAUAACCAUCUUGAGCUCACCCAAAACCUUAUUGACCGUGGGGCUAAUUUGAAUAAGAGCGAUAAUGAGGGUGAAAAUGCAUUACAUAUUGCUACAAAGAACGGUCAUCUUGACAUAGCGAAAUAUCUACUCGAUCAGGGAGCUGAUGUGACCAAGGACAACAACAAUGGUACAACUGCAUUGCACUUGUCUGCGUUGAAUAACCAUCUUGAGCUCACCCAAAACCUUAUUGACCGUGGGGCUAAUUUGAAGAAGAGUGAUAACGAGGGUGAAAAUGCAUUACAUAUUGCUACAAAGAAUGGUCAUCUUGACAUAGCGAAAUAUAUAAUCAGUCGAGGAGCUGAGGUGAAUGAGGGUAAUAAUGAAGGACAGACCCCACUGCAAACAGCUGCCGACAGGGGUUUUUUCGAGGUCAUAAAAUGUCUCUUAAGUCAUGGAGCUGACGUAAAUAUUGCCAAUAAGCAAAGCAUGACUGCCUUACAUUGCGCAUCAGGUAAUGAUCACCUUGAUGUCACCAAAUACCUCAUUGCCAACGGAGCAAAGCUGAACAAAGUCAAUAAUGAUGGCCAGACCCCACUUCACAAUGCUGUAGAAAAUGGUCAUCUUGCAGUCACCAGAGUUUUGAUCAGUGAAGGAGACGAGGUGAACACCACCAAUAAGGACAGUUCCACUGCAUUACAUAUAGCUGCAAGAAGGGGUCAUCUUGAAAUCACAAAAUGCUUACUUCGUAAUGGAGCCGACAAGACCAAACGUGAUAAGGAUGGCCUGACUGCUGCACACAUUGCUGCAAAAGAUGGCCAUCUUGAUGUCAUCAAAUAUGUAAAUAAAUCGGACAACAGUGGAUGGACUCCCUUGAAUGUUUCUUCACAGAAUGAUCACUGUCCGGUAACCGAAUACCUGCUUAGAAGUGGAGCCGACGUGGAUAAGGGAAAUAACGAAGGGAGGACUCCCUUACGCAGUGCAGCAUGGAAUGGCCAUCUUCAAGUAAUCGAACUGUUAAUCGGUAAAGGAGCUGACGUGAACAAGGGAAACAACGAUGGGCGGACCGCUUUACAUGGUGCUGCAUGGCAGAACCAUCUUGAUGUCGUCAAAUGUCUGAUAGAUCGUGGAGCUGAUGUAGACAAGACCAAUAAUGGUGGUAGGACUGCCUUACGCAGUGCUACUUGGAAGGGCCACAUUGGUAUAAUCAAAUAUCUGGUAGACAAUGGAGCUGAUGUGAAUAAAAGUGAUAGUAAUGGCUGGACCCCGCUACAUGUUGCUGCGGAGAAUAACCAUUCUGAGGUAAUACAAUUUCUGCUGAGCCGUGGCGCUGACGUAAAUAAGGGUGACGACGAUGGAAAUACGGCUUUACACUACGCAGCGGGAAAUGGUCAUGUUGCGAACACCAAAUAUCUCGUAGAUCAGAAAGCAAACAUAAGCGAGCAAAAUGACAAGGGUAGGAGUGCCUUACACAGCGCUGCAGAAAAGGGUCACGUAGAAGCAAUGAAGUUUCUAAUCAGUCAUGGAAGCGAUGCUAAUCCAGAAGACAAGAAUGGAGACACUCCACUGCACGUUGCCUCGGUCAAUGGUCACCUGAAUGUUAUCAAGUUUCUGAUUAGCCACGGAGCCGAAAUCAAUAAAGGCGACAGUAGUGGAUGGACAACGUUACAUGGUGCUGCUGCAAAUAAUCACUUAGAAGUAACUGCAUAUUUAGUUAGUCAAGGGGCCCAGAUACCUGAAUGUGACAAGGAUGGUAAAACUGCAUUACACAUCGCUGCAUUGAAUGGCCACGUUCGCGUCAUCAAAUAUCUAAUCACCAAUAGUGCUAACGUUGAUGUGUGUGACAGUAAUGGUCGCACUGCAUUACGAAGUGCUGCAUGGAAUGGCCACGUUGAUGCCAUUGAAUACCUCAUCAGUAAAGGAGCAGAGGUUAAUAAAGGCGAUAACAGUGGUUGGACGUCCUUACACAUCGCUUCACAGAACGGUCAUCUUGAGGUAACCAAAUGUCUGAUAAAACAUGGAGCUGACGUGAACAAAAUCAGUGAUGAUGGCUGGAGUGCCUUACACAGUGCUGCAAGUAAUAAACAUCUGCUUGUUGCAAAAUAUCUCAUCAGUCAAGGAGCUCUGGUGAAUAAGGGUGAUAAGGAUGGAUGGAUUCCCCUACAUACAGCGGCACAAAAGCCUGGCAAUCUUGAGGUUAUCGCACACCUGAUUAGCGAAGGAAAAGAUGUGAAUAAGGGCAACAAAGAAGGUUGGACCGCCUUACAUGAAGCUGCAGAUAAGGGUCUUUUGGAAGUAACCAAAGAACUCAUUAUUCAAGGGGCUGGCGUAAAUAUGGGAAACAACGAAGGUUGGACUGCAUUACAUAGGGCUGCACAGAACGGCCACAUCAAGGUCAUAGAAUGUUUGAUCAAUAAAGGAGCAUCGAUAAGCGUGGGAAAUUGUCAAGGCCAAACCGCCAUGCAUAGUGCCGCAGGCAGUGGUCAUGUUACUAUUCUGGAAUAUCUCAUCAAGAAGGGAGGAGAUAUCAAUGUCAGAAAUGAUGACAACAUGACUGUUCUACACAAUGCGAGUAAAAACGGUCAUCUCAAUAUGACAAAAUAUCUUAUCGAUAAAGGGGUUGCAGUAAAUUGUGCUGAUAAUGAUGGAUGGGCUCCUCUACACAGCGCGGCAAUGAAUGGUCAUCAUGAUAUCACUGAAUAUCUUAUCAGCAAAGGAGCAGAGGUGAAUAAGGGUAACAAGGACGGCUCAGAUGCUUUACACAUUGCUUCAGAAAAUGGCCAUCUUGAUGUUACAUCAUGUCUUAUCAGCAAUGGCGCAAACGUGAAUCGAGGGGAUCUUGAAGGGCGAACUGCUCUACAUUAUGCUGCGCGGAAUGGUCAUCUUAAUGUUGCAGAAUAUCUAGUCAGUAAAGGAGCUAAUGUGAAUAUCUGCACCAAGAAUGGUUCGAACGCAUUACACAGUACAGUAGAGAAUGGCCAUUGCGCUCUUACGGAGUACCUAAUCAGCGAAGGAGUUCAAGUCACUAAGUGCGAUAACAAUGGUUCAGAUGCCUUACAUAUUGCUGCAUGGAAUGGUCAUCUUGAAGUCACAAAAUACUUGGUCAAGGAAGGGGCUUUGGUUGAUAUGGCUAGUCAUGAUAAAUCGACCGCCUUAAUUGGUGCCGUAAGUAAUGGUCACUUGAAUGUCGCCAAAUAUCUCAUCACUCAGGGAGCUGCUGUAAAUAUUGGCGAUAUAAAUGGUUUGAACGCACUGCACGCUGCCGCAGCAAAUGGCCAUCUUGGGGUUACAAAUUACCUCAUCAGCCAAGGAGCUGACGUAAAUCAGGUAGAUAAGGACAACUGUACUGCCUUGCACCAUGCCUUCAAAAAAGGCUGCCUAGAUGUAUAUGUAUACCUACUGUCAAAGGGGAGCAAUAUGAAUGCCUUGAAUAGCAAUGGAGACACACCUCGGGAUCAACUGCCCUAUCAAAACAACUCAAACAUUCCUGAUUCUGUGACAUCUUGCUCGAAGAAUAACGUCAAUCAACGUGAUCCGGACGGUUUUGCCGCUAUUCACCACGCAAUACAUCGUGGCUACACCUCGGUGAUUGAGACGUUGAUAUCCCAUGGGUCAGACAUCAACAUCCAGUCCCGCGAUGGUCAGACGUGCCUGCAUUAUGCCAUCAAGCUCUGCUACAGAGAGGAUAGAGAUGUGGAACUUACAGAGACACUCAAAAAGAUAUCCGCAGACUUCUACCGUAAUAGGCUAUCAGCAAAAAGGGCACUGGUGUUCUACCUGUUGGAAAAUGGCGCUAAACCUGAUAUGCGGGACAACGAUGGCAACCUUCCGAUUCAGUUUGCCCGAGACGAAGAGAUCCGACAGAUGAUAUUUUCGAGGUUACCGUCGAUGGAGACAAUAAGGAGUUACCGCGAGGUAAAAACUUCUUCACGCCAAGUCAUCAUUGAAGUCGGCAGAGGUCCUAAGCAGGUGGAGUUGGAAGACCAAGGGAUAUCAAUCUCUUUUCCAGCGGGCACCUUUCAGGAACCUGAGUCGUUUAAGAUAACGGUAGCAGUUCUACUAGAUCGUCCGAGCAUGACCAUAGGGGAUGAUGAAUCGGUGGCAUGCUGCGGUAUACGAUUUGACCCUCCUGAUCUCACCUUCAAGCAGCCAGUCAAGAUCACCAUACCACACUCUAUCAAAUAUAUUGACUCCAAAGAAGUCUGCAACAAGGAGCUAGGAGAAUGCCAUGGACUUCGAAAGAAGAUCCGCCGUACUGCAGGGUGCACAGGGGGUUUCUCGACCUCUACGUAA